CAUCGGAGAUCGCAGAGGUAGUCUCCUGCAUCUCGUAAGAGGUCGCAAGAUCAUUAUCACCACAUUUGACAAUAUUCGUCAUCGUGAGUAGCCCUUCGGAUGUGAACAUGAAAUUUAUCGCCUUUGCGCCUUGGUGCCUCACCACGGAUCCAACCCGUGCACCUGAACUCCCGUCACCACCUCAACGCUGCCCUCUCACAGUAGGUCCGCAACCGCACACCAUGUCGACGAUACUCAGGACGUUGCGGAAUCUCCGCAGGAUAGGGAUAAAGGAAUAUGGUCACCAGAUGCAGUAUAUUGGUGAUACCAAAGCAGGUACUCUGAUUGGCACGGACAAGUUCGGCAACAAGUAUUUUGAGAACCUCGAGGAGGAACUGCCUUUGCGCACGCGCUGGGUGGACUACAAGGAGAAGGAGUACGACCCAUCUCAGAUCGAACCCGGCUGGCACGCGUGGAUCUCGUACAUGGUCGAUAAGCCGCCAAAUGCCGAUCCGAUUAAUAGGCAAGGUGUGCGAGCGUGGGAACCGAAGGAGCACAAGCCCGUUCUGUCGCUGAGCAGGUCAGCCUACAAGCCGUACAGCACCACGAAGAAUAAGUACAGUGCGUGGCAACCUGUUGCAAAAGCAAGGGCAUGAAGACACACAUAUUGAUCGUAGAGGAUUGCAUCUGAAGAAAUAAAUAUGUAUAUACAAUUUCUUAGGUUCAAGUAGUCACACAUCCAAGCAUAUUGAACUACCACAAAAGCACCCGAAAUCUGAACAGAAG